AGAAAUGGAGCUUCAAGGAUCUUGUCAUUGCGAAAAAGUCAAGUUUACGGUCAAAUCACACACUCCAGUACCUUUUAUGCGAUGCUAUUGCUCAAUUUGUCGUAAAAUUGGUGGUGGUGGUGGAUACGUUAUUAAUAUAAUGGGACAGUAUGAUACAUUGAAAGUUGAGGGUAUGGAACAUACGAAAUUCUAUCAAGCAAUUAAGGAUAAAUCAUUACCUAAGAAUCAACAGGAAUUAUGUGGAAACAAGAGAUAUUUCUGCGGUGAAUGCGGAUGUAUGUUAUGGUGUUAUGAUUUAGAAUGGUCUGAAUGGUGUUAUCCAUUCGCUUCAGCGAUUGAUACUCCACUUCCUGAACCAAAACGGCCCAAUUGUAUCAUGUUGAAUUAUAAAGCUAAUUGGGCUCAUGUUCCUAGCUCUGAGGAAGCUGAUUUAUUUGAUGAAUAUCCUAAUAAUUCAAUUGAAUCUUGGCAUAAAAAGAAUAAGGCUUUCAUUGAAAAAGAAUAAUUAUAAAAAAUUUCUCAGAAAAAAAUUUUAUUGUAUGUAAAACAAAUAAAAAUAAAAGAAAUUACUCUAGAUCGAUGUGGGUG